AUGGGACUGAUUGACAAACCGAUAGUCAUUGAUGGCAAAGGCCAUUUAUUGGGCAGAUUAGCAUCGAUAGUAGCAAAACAGCUGCUAUGGGGACAAAAAAUUGUGGUAGUGAGAUGCGAGGAAAUUAUGAUUUCCGGUAACUUCCACCGGGCAAAGCUGAAGUACCUGAGCUUUCUGCGUAAAAGAUGCAAUGUAAAACCGGCCAGAGGGCCAUUCCAUCUUCGUGCACCGAGCAAAAUUUUUUGGAGGACAGUGCGUGGGAUGUUGCCACAUAAGACUCAUAGAGGCGCGCUAGCACUGCGAAGAUUAAAGUGCAGAGAUGGCGUCCCUCAACCCUAUGAUCGAACUAAACGAAUGUGUGUUCCAAGCGCAUUAAGGUACUUGGCACUUAAGCCGCGACGAAAAUACUGUACAGUUGGACGAUUGUCACAUGAAGUUGGUUGGCAGUAUAGGGAUGUUGUUGCUAAACUCGAAGCGAAAAGGAAAGUGAGAGGCGUUGCGUUUUAUGAAAAAAGGAAGGCGAUGUCAAAAUUAGAAGCAAAAGCACUGGAGGCUGCGGCGAAAAAGGCCGAACCCUUCCAAAAAAUUAUCGAGUCUUACGGUUACCACUGA